ACCAGUGUGUGAAUGUGAAGCAGCCUCGCUUGAGUCAGUGGAUGGCGGGCCGUGAGGGAGACUGACUUAGCGUUAACACAGGGAGUCCCAGUUCGUUUCGUGGCAGUGCUUCUUGAGUGCAGUGUGGCGAGGCUGAGAGCUGCUGGUGCUGCCUCCGAGAUGAUACGCGCCAUGAGUGCUGUGGUGGUGGCGGUGGUGGCGGCCACACUAAUGUUGGGCGUGGCCGGGAGCGCGGAGGCGGAAGCGGACCCGGGCCUCCAGCCAGGGCAAGUGACUCUCGCCUCCCCCUACCUCGACCCUCGCAGCCCGUACCAAGUCACCCAUCUGUCUCCCAUUUCAAGACAAAUCAUUCGCGGCAGACCCAGAAGACCUACCUCCCACGUCAGCAUCCUCCACCACGGGGGAAAAUCUUUGAGAUACAAGAACGAAUAUCCGGGCGUGCCACAGCCGUAUGGAUCCCCAGCCAAUCCCUUCCUGACAUACGGUUCCCACCAAGGCUUUACUCCCAUCCACCACGACUCCUCAGAAUCAUAUGAGUCUCAAGAUCAUGGAAACUGCCCGCCCUACUACCAGUGCGUACCUCUGGUGGUGUGCUCCCCGUGCUUCGAGACAAUCAAGAACAGCUACCACAGAUGUCCACUGUCCCACAAGGCCUGGGGAGUGUGCUGCCCCAAAGAUGUUGCCAGACGAAGUCUGCCGCAUGUAUUUUCGAGGCCCAGCGUUCAGGUGAGGCAGAUGGGCUUCUCCAAUGACGUGGUGAACGAGGCCGGCCGCAGCUCACUCUGGCAGCUCGAGGCGAGAGACGAGCUGGAGAAAUACCUGCAAAUGCGGAAAAUCGUGAUCUACAAGCCAGGCACGCCAGAAUACGCACAUUUGCAGUUCUUCCGCACCUCGCCCCUCGCUAUCAAGAUCAGUAGGGACGCCCUGACUUCGGUGGGAGCCUCAGACUACCUCGUUACCAGAUUCCGUCUGAAUUCGCUGGAGGCUGGGUUCGGGCUGCAGCAGAUCUCCCUCAAGAACUCCAUCAUCGAGGACGUGUGCCCGGUCCCGGAGACCUGUGGCGAGAAGGAACAGUAUUACCGCACCAGUGACGGCUCCUGUAACAACCUGGAUCUCACUUCCGCCGGCCAGGCCAGGACCCCCCUCAUCCGCCUCACCAUGCCUCUCUACAGUGAUGGGUUGAUGAGGCCUCGGAUCAGUGUGACCGGCGGCCCUCUCCCCUCUGCGCGUCUGGUCUCCACAAGUAUCUCCCAAGAUGUGGACAGGCCCAACACUGAUUUGUCUCUGUACGUGAUGCUGUGGGGUCAGUUCAUCGACCACGACUUGACUCACGUGCCCAUCUUCAGGUUUGAUAACAACACUGGAAUCGAAUGCUGUUCUAACGAGGGGCGGGACUUCCUGGACGCCACCCUCACUCACCCGUCGUGCUUCCCUAUCGAGAUCCCCGCCAACGAUCCCUUCCACUCCCAGAAUUCAGGCCGCCGCUGCAUGAAUUUCGUCAGGUCCAUGAUUUCACCUCGCGACUGUAACCUGGGAUUCGCUGAGCAGAUGAACCAGAUCACACACUUCCUGGACAGCUCCAACAUCUACGGCUCCAGUCGCGAGGAUGAGCAAGAGGUGCGGGCCUUCACCGACGGACUCCUGAAGGUGCAGGAAGGACAGCUGCUGCCUCCUAACCCUGAGGCGAUGGAGUGUCUCAGUGUAAGACAUGGGCAACCGUGCUUCACGGCAGGUGACGAGCGUGUGAACGAGCAGAUCCAGCUGACCAUCAUGCACACCAUCUGGAUGCGCUUCCACAAUGUGAUCGCUAGGGAGCUGAAGCGCCUCAACCCCUACUGGGACGACGAGACGCUGUUCCAGGAGGCACGCCGCAUCGUGAACGCCAUGUACCAGCACAUCAUCUACAAUGAGUGGCUCCCCAUCGUCCUAGGAAAGGACAUCAUGCUGGAGAGGGGACUGCUGCCGCUGCGCUACGGGUUCUCCUCCCAGUACGAUCCCUCAGUCGACCCAGCUAUUGCCAACGAGUUUGCCACGGCGGCAUUCCGCUUCGGCCAUACCUUGGUUCAGGGCAUGCUGGACCUGAUCAGCAAGGGAGGAUCGCGCCGAGACAGAGUGGAUCUGGUGACGCAGUUCAACAACCCAAGCCUCCUGUACACACCUGGCAGGCUGGACGACUUCCUGAGGGGCAUCGCGCAGCAGUCCCCACAGCGAACCGACAACUUCGUCAGCUCAGCGCUCACCAACAGGCUGUUCCAGGAAGAGGGGAAGACGUUCGGAAUGGACCUGGUGGCGCUCAAUACUCAACGAGGACGCGAUCAUGCCAUCGGCACCUACAACGACCUGAGAGAGCUGGCUGGCCUGCCCAGGGCCGUCACCUUUGAUGAUUUCAGAGACGUCCUGCCUGACAGGGUGGUUGACCAAUUAUCUCGCCUCUACGCCUCAGUGGAUGACGUGGACCCAUUCGUGGCCGGUAUUUCCGAGGCAAAUGUGCCUGGAUCCAUCCUUGGACCUACCUUCAGGGCUAUCAUCGCUGACCAGUUUGCCAGGUUGAGGCGAGGUGACAGGUUCUUCUAUGACCAAGGCGGCAGCCCUACGUCUUUCACGGAAGCCCAACUUCACCAGAUCCGGCAAAUCUCCUUUGCGCGAGUGCUGUGUUUGACUGGCGAUAACAUUAUGGCCAUCCAACCGCUGGCUCUGAGGGCUGCGUCGGAUUUGAACCCGAGACUGUCCUGCAACGACAAGACCAUUCCUCCCAUUGACCUCACACCCUGGCGCUCCGCCAAGGGCUCCUACCACUAACACUGCAGGGAGAAGGCGUCACCGGCCACCACUUAUGCUAAAACAUAUACCAUUAAUCGUUGCAUAAUCUCAUAGGACGUAGACACAUACUUCUGGGGUCUUUCAGUCUCGUCACGUCACGGGCUGGUGCCAUGAAAGGAGGAGAAAGUGAUGUGUUGUUGUUAGUCCCACAUUUUGAAACAUUUUGCACCCUCAUUACCAUAAAUUUCCAUGGCUAUUGAUAUGCUUUCCCGGGUUUGCAUGCGUGUGUAUGUUGUUCUUACUUCCCAUUGAUGAUGCGGGAGUCUUAUUAAACUAAUCACUAACUUUCACUAGCUAGGGCCUGUUGAAAUUAGUCGAGGCAGGCCAGCGAGACACUUUAGAAUGUGGUCUUGGGCGCGAGUACUAGAAUGACGCAGUUUCGUGUCGCUUCUCACUGGUGUAUUAUGAAGCAGCGUCACGCACUCCGCCACGCUCCCUGUGCUGCUAUUAAUGUGUCUUCCCUUCUACAUUUUCCACGCGGCUUUAGUUCAUAAUAUUACAGUCCGAAGAGUCUUGAGAUCAUAAGAAAACAAGGAGAGCUGCAAGAAGCCAUCAAGCCUACACGUGGCUGUCUCUGCAUAAAACGUGCCUACAUAUUUGCGCCUAUCAUCCACAUCACCAUUCGUUGUCGAGUGGAAAACUAAACACUUACACUAAAAUUCAUAUGGGUGAUUAUUACUUGCUGACUUUGAGUGUGAGGAAAGAUACUUAUUCGAUAAUUUGAUGCUAUAACAUUGAAGUGUCUCAGCCAACCAGCCACUGAACACCGGUUGAUGCUAAUAUAACCACAGAAUAAAUCCCUGUCAUUUGGGCGUGCUGUUCUUAUAUUUCCUGUUGCUGAUACAACCACAACAUAAAUCUGCUAUAUCUGAGCUUGUCAUAGUAAUGAUUCCAAUAUGCAGGAGAACCGGUUGCUGCUAAUAUAACCACAACAUAGAUCCCUGUUAUCUAUACUUGCUGAGGUCAGUAAUAAUUAUCCUAACAUGUUCCCCAGCUGUCUUCUUGAGUCACUUGGCUGGCAUCUUAUGGAGCUAACACAUCCACCCUGUUAAAAUAUACAUAGCCUCUAGAUAUUGAUUAACUAGCAGAAUUAACAUAUUCCUUCCUUUCUCUAUCAUUUUUAGUAUUAUCCAAUAACAGAAGCGUUUCAGAAGCACCGUUACGUAUUAAUUAUGGGGAUCUUUAAGAGCAGCACAGGGACGAUUAGUGUUAAGCUGUGUGCCCAAAAACUGAGAAAUGUGCAAUAUGUAAUAGCUAUGAAGGGCGUUGCUGGUCGCUUGAGGUCGUUGAAGAUCGCUGAAUGGUCCCAGACGUGAUUAUGAAAAGGUGAAGGCCAGAAAACAGGCCUAUCUUUUGUUUUAAAUCUUCAUAUGUAUUAGUACAGUCAUGGUCAGUAGUCUGCGCUCUUCCACUGUUUAGACGUCCUCCUCAAUCUUAAGUCUUCCAAUAUCACAUCAGUUUGAUUACAUUCUGGAUAUCAUUAGAAGAGUUUUUUUUUUUUUUUUUUUUCCUUCUUGGUAGACGUAAGUACUGUCAUGGUUAAUACUCAAGUGAUAUUAUAUGUACACUUCCUUCCACUGCGUUUAGCCUUUCCCUGAAUCUUAAGACUUCCAGCACCACAGCAUCAGUUUAAGUACAUUCUAAAUAUCGUUAGAAAAGAAAUGUUUUUCCUGCCUAGUCAAAGUCAUCUAUAGCUACUCAUCCAACAGGAGAAAAAGUUCUUGUAUCUUCUUUAUUAUGACUAAGUAUUGGGAAUUCCGUAAAGUCUAGAAGCUGUCUGUAGUAAUGAAAGGCUGCCACUCCUUCAGCUAUUCCGUCAGCGGCCUUCCUCUGUGCCUCUAUGGUCAGUAUCGCUUCUCACAUUCGUUCUCCUACGGUUCCUCCUCCACCCGUAGCAAGGAGUCUUCCAUUAUAUCGUCCUUUCUCUAAUGCUAGUAACCCGUGUAAUUUAAUAAACUUAAGCAGUUUAGCAAGAACCUGGGAAUCUGUUGUUGGUUAUAUUCCUUUGUAAUCCUUUAUAAUCCUUUGUUAGGUCCUCGAGUUCUUGAGCAGCGGGGCAGAAACGCUCCUUAAUUUAUUCGUCAAGCUUCUCCUCGUUCUGCUCUAUUCUGAAUCCUGUCUCCCUGUGUUUGCCAAGAAUAUAUCAGUUACUAAGUCUCUAGAGGAGAGUGUAAGCAAAUCAAAAGCCUUGGGAGUGAGGAAAGUCUAAACAGCAGUAGUGAGUGAACGUAAGAACAUAAGCUGGAAGAAGCCAGUAAGGCCUGCACGUGGCAGAUAAAAAAAAAAAAUUACAUAAUAUAAAGAAAAUUAAGGUAAAGAAGGUUAGAAUAGUGAUGUUCGCCACUUAAGACUUAGAAGUGAGGAAAAAAACUAAGAACACAAGCAGCAAGAAGACACUUAGGCCUGCACGUGGCGGAUAGAAGGAAGAAUUACGUAAUAUAAGGAAAAUUAAGGUAAAGAAGGUUAAAAUAGUGAUGUUCGCCACUUCCGUCCUUUAUUAGACAGACUGACAACUCCACGGAGGGGUGUCCUUGUGGCCAAAUGCUUUCUCCGUUUUUUUUUUUUUUUGUGUGUGUAGUCAUUAAUGAAUUCACUUCCAUAUACUACAUUUUAACAUUACUGAAUUAGCGUGGUAAUAUUUCUCUCCCUCUCCCCCUCUCUCUCUCUCUCUCUCUCUCUCUCUCUCUCUCUCUCUCUCUCUCUCUCUCUCUCUCUCUCUCUCUCUCUCUCUCUCUCUCUCUCUCACACACACACACACACACACAAACACACACACACACACACACACACACACACACACACACACACACACACACACACACACACACACACCUCUCCCCCUCAAAAAAUAAAUUGUAAACCACUUUCUAAAUAAACUGGUAAACUAUUAAA